AUGGAAGACGGAGCAGUGUUUAAAUAUGAAAAGGUUUCGUCAUUCUUCACGUGUGUUUUGUGUGAUCGAGUUUUAAGGAAUGCCACCGUAAUUUCUGAAUGCUUGCAUACUUUUUGCAGGGAAUGUAUAGAAAGAAAGAUAGUAGAUGAGAAUCUAAACCAUUGUCCAACAUGCAAUGUAGACUUGGGUGGUUCUCCAUUAGACAAACUAAGGACAGAUAAGAAUACGAUGGCACUGAUUAGUAAAGUUCUCACCUCUACAAGAAAAUAUUUUGAGACAAAUGAAAAUGUUGUUUCAACUCAAGUAGUUACCAAUAAAAGGAAGAACUCACAAUCCUCUUCGCAAUCCAAAGCGAAAAAGGCCAAAAGAGAUUCAAAGAAAUUUAAGAAAGAGGUAAAAAAAGGAAAGAAGAUUCUACAAGAGCCAAGGCAGCUGCAGGAAGAAGUUCUUAUCACUCCACAGGCACCAAAAACUCAAGCUUCUGAAAUCGCUGUUGCUGCGGAUGUUAAGAAUGACGCGAAACAGCAACGCGGAAUAGAAAUUUUGGAUGAAGUUUCUACAAUUCUAUCUGCUAGAAAAGCAAAAAAUGUGGCAAGAAAAAAGUUUAUCAGAACUGAAUUAGAUUCUACUUCUCAGCCUGACAAAGUCACGUCUGAUGGAAAGAAAGACGAUUUCUUCCCUCGGCUUGAAACAUUCACCGAGACUCCAAAAAUCAGAUUUAAGAGUUCUUCAAAACCAGAAUCAUCAAACCAGAAAUCAGUGUUGAAGAAUGUUUCAAGUGACAAAGCUGAGAUAAGGAAAGAAAAGGCUGCUGCUGUUAGCGAGCCGUUGAAUUGGUUUGUGGAAACUGCGAACGCGGACAAGUCUCUUAACGACUCCACCCUGCAAGGAAAUGGUGUCAUUCCAAUGCUUGUGGACUCUAGUGACAACGACAACUCUCGUAGCGUGUCUAAGGUUGAUGUUAACAAGCAUUGUAGCCACCAAACAGAAGCUGGUGGCGAUCAAAACGAGUCUGGUCCAUCUAAAUCUAGUUCCUUGAAGUUUAAGAUUAAAAGGGUGGACACAAACCAAGAAAAAAGAGUGAGGUUUUCUGAGGACUUGAAUCUUCCUGCACCACCUGAAACUGAAACCAAAAAAGAAUUUGGUCCUUUUUGGUUCUCCUUGAUCGCUUCUAAGGAUCGAGAACUCGGUCCGCUGCCACAAAUAUCUUCUCAUUACUUAAGAGUCAAGGAUGGAAGUUUAACUGUUUCGUAUAUCAAAAAGUAUCUUGUGCAGAAGCUUGAUCUUGCUAGUGAAGCUGAGGUGGAGAUUUUAUUAGGAGGGAAGCCAGUUUAUUGUUCAAUGCAGGUGCAAAACCUGAUGGAGAUGUGGUUGGAAACAAUGUCAAAGAAAGAAAUGAUUGAGACAUCUGUUGGAAGUUCUGCUGAGGAUUUUGUUAUGGUCCUUUCUUAUGGUAGAAAGGUUUGA